GUUCGAAGCCUUUUUCUGCUUUGCUUAGAAUGCGUUCAAUUCCUUGCCUUGUCCCUUCCCCCGCCUCAGCUCCACAUCAGGGGCCGACGUUGGCAGAUACAAAUCCAACGACUCUAGCUUAUUGUAAACAUGAAAACGGGACUCUAUGCAACAUAUUACUGAGACCCUAUCUGGUUUCUCUGGUGAUUGUCAUCUGUGGCGCCUUCCUCUUACCUAGCUAUUACCAGGUACUAAUCCGACUGUUGUGCCCCAACAACGAUUCAAGCUUCUCCAGAAACAGUAGUCAACGGAGACGGCUGGACGAGGCCAACUCCGAUGACCCUUCUCUACAAAUCCACACCCGGGGACUGGAUUACUCUGUUAUACAGCGUCUACCCAUUUCUCUGUUUAAACCUGAAGAUGCAGAAGAAGGUCGCCGUGGCAACACCGAUUGCACUAUAUGCUUGGGGGAAUUCGAAGAAGGGGAAUGGAUAAAACAUCUACCCAAUUGCAGUCAUGAGUUUCACGCAGCUAGUAUUGAUUCGUGGUUUCAAUCGCACUCGAAUUGCCCUCUUUGUAGAUCACGAGUCAAUGAUCUAUCUGUGAGUGUAAACAUACUGAGGGAGACACUGAGGAGGGAAGAGUUUUCUCAGGAAAGAGAGGCGCAUGCGCUGCGGUGCUGCAGAAUACAGGGCAUGGAUUGCGUGGACAAUUGCGCACGUUCCAUAUAAUUUGAGUACAGAAAAAGUUCAUCAGAUUGUACUGCAAAAGUUUUCCCAUAUUUGGGCCCUUGGAAUUACGAAGAAAGAAAUUCACAAUUUCUUG